GCAAGGUUCGACUUGUGAACUUGCACUCGCGCCACGCUCACGUCAGUGUGCUGAGUUUUGCACACUCAUGCACACUUUGUGCGUCGGUACUUCUUUUUUUCCACGCCGCAUGGGCAAGAUGGCAGAGGGGAAGACGGACGACGGACACCGGCCGAGGAGCACCGAGAGCGGCGUCGCAUCGGUGCCGCUAAAGAAUCCCGACGAGCGAGUCGCAAGUCCUCGGCUGGAAGAUCUUGCGGAGGAAAGCGUGCAAGUCAUCAAGGUGUACCUGGACGGCGGACCCGAGACGGCGGACAGCGUCAGGAUGUUGACGGACGAGGUGUCGCAGAUUCAAGAGGUGAGGUAUUGUCUGAAGACCCUGAGAGAGCAGAUGGCGGCGAGACAAAAUGGUAACAACAAGAAGUAUCCCACGAAUGGCUACACAGUCAACCACAUGCCCAACAUCGCCAAUGGCAACAACAUUUACAACUACAUUAGCCAUGACGAGAGUGAUGAUAAUCACGUGCAGUAUCUGCGGGAAGAAACCAAGCGUCUCUACGCUCAGAUGAAAGAUAUGGAAAGUCGGCACCGGGAGGAGAGAGAGCGGCUGCUGAUGGAGUCAAAGGAGCAACGGGCGCGUCUGGAGGAGCAGUCUGAGCGUCUCCAGCGGGCGGAGACUGACUCAGCGGAGCGAGGCCGACGGGUGGAGGAGCUACAAAGGCUGCUGGGCAACAUGGAGGUCGAGAGCGGGGUCCUGCGGGACAAAAUGGCCACCGGCGAGGCCGAGCUACAGCGGCUUCAGGCGGACAACGGUGAAGGAAAUCAGAAAGACGACAGACGUGGUCAGUUGGAAACGGAGGUGGCCAUUUUGAAGGAGAAGAUCCACCACUUGGAUGACAUGCUGAAAAGUCAACAAAGGAAAGUGCGACACAUGAUUGAACAGCUGCAGAACUCACGCACCGUCCUCCAAGAACGAGAUCGGGUCAUCGGGGAUCUGGAGGAGAAAGUGGCCUUCCUGGAAGCCGAGAACAAAGAGUUGCACGACCACAUGGAGCAUUUCUUAGCGGGCCGCGACCCCCCGCCACUCAAGAGCGCCGAGAACAAGCCGGUCAUCAUCUACAGCAAACCUCUGACGCCGUCCGCAGCCAACAAUAAGUCCCUCCCCUUCAUCAAAGUCAUCGAGAUCAAGUCGUGAAUAACAGUCACAAAGUGUAAAUAUGUAUUUAAAGAGUGCUUUGCAUCUGUUCAUAAUCGCCCCCCCCCCCCAUUGAAUCAUGUGCAUGUUUAACGACUGCAUAGGCGCCAGCGUGUAAUCCAGAGUCACGAGUGCUUCUGAAUGUGAAUUUUGAAUGUAGAUGUGCAUUCACGUUUGUGUACUAAAUCCGUGAAUAAAUUGGAUGUAAUCACGUCUGAACUGACAGACAUGCGACUGAAUUUCAAGGAAGAGUUUGGGAGACACAUUGUAACCAAAACAAAAAUUAUAUGAAAAUAACA